AGUGACGCCCCCUGCUGCGCGCGGUGACUUUUGCUGGGCGAGCGACUUUAGCUGGGCGAGCGACUUUAGCGGCGAUGGAGAACGGAGCGGUGUACAGUCCCACCACCGAGGCGGCCCCGGGCGCGGGCCGGGGUGCGCGCAGCGGCCUGGCCGCCUACUUCUUCCUGGGCCGGCUCCCGUGGCCUCGGCGCAUUCUCAAAGGCUUGCAGCUGCUGCUGUCUUUGCUGGCCUUUAUCUGUGAAGAGGUCGUGUCCGAGUGCACGUUGUGUGGAGGCUUGUACUUCUUUGAGUUUGUGAGCUGCAGCGCCUUUCUCCUGAGCCUCGUCCUGCUGACCGUGUACUGCACACCAGUGCAUGACAGAGUGGAUGCUGGGAAAGUCAAGUCGUCGGAUUUCUGUAUCACCCUGGGAACAGGGUGUGUGUUUCUCUUGGCAUCUAUCAUUUUUGUUUCUACCCACGCUGGGACCUCAGCUGAAAUCGCUGCAAUCGUGUUCGGGUUUAUGGCGAGUCUGGUGUUCCUAAUUGACUUUGUCGUCAUGCUGCAUGAGAGACGGCAGGAGAGCCAGCUGAGGAAACCUGAGAACAACGCCAGGGCUGAAGCCCUCACUGAGCCACUGAAUGCUUAAAGCUGGAGCACGUAUUGCGGACCAGAAGAGAGCAUCUUCCAUGUGACCAGUGUCAUGUGUGCUCCUCUUUUGGAGAGAAGGGAAGGACAGGAGGGCAGCUUCUCAGUGCUGGACUGAGUGGCAGCCCCUCCAGUUAGCUCAGAGGGUUUUUAAUAACGGUUGGAACUCGUUUCAAAUGGAGGAGGUUUGUUAUUUGUUUAUUUUUAAAGACAGGACUGUUGCCUUUGAAUUGCAUGUCUGUCAUUUGCUACAGGUCAGCCCUCACCAGGCCUGGCUUCCAGACCGUGUGUUCUCCGUCCUUUCAGGAACUCUUGCAUUUUAAAAUCAUUCACUUUGCUGUUAGUUUUUGAUAGUUAAGUUCUGUUCUGAUGUUGGAGAUUUAAUUUGUAUUUAAGUUGUUGGUAUGGGCGUUUUUCCUUAAUAUAUGAUCCUUGUAUUUACUGUAUCUUGUUCAACCGUAUGUUAUGUGCUAACCUUUCAAGGCAGUUAUUCUGAAUUCUUUCUGAUCCAUGCAUUGCCUAACAGAAAAUGCGUGGGCUGCUGGUGUUUUAUGUGUACAAAAGCAACAGUAUCAAAGCCUUGUGCUUUUUAGAUUGCACUCUGGUUGUUGAAAUUAAGUUUAAAAGAAAAAAAAAGAUUGUUAUGGAAUGCAGAAAAACUGAAGAAAUUGAUACUACAUCUAGAGACCAAAGAUAGAGUAGACUCUUUGUCCUGUACAGUGGAUGUAACUGUACAGAUAGGCUGGACCACUGGGGAGAGAUGUGAAGGGUCAUGCUGUGCACACACGGAAACAAUUGAUGCCUGCUGUGUGCACACGGAAACAAACAGUUGAUGGUGUCUGUGUUGUGUGCACACGGAAACAGUUGAUGGUGUCUGUGUUGUGUGCACACGGAAACAGUUGACGGUGUCUGUGCUAUGUGCACACGGAAACAGUUGAUGGUGUCUGUGUUGUGUGCACACGGAAACAGUUGACCAUGUCUGUGCUGUGUGCACACGGAAACAGUUGACCGUGUCUGUGCUGUGUGCACACGGAAACAGUUGACCGUGUCUGUGUUGUGUGCACACAGAAACAGUUGACCAUGUCUGUGCUGUGUGACAUGGAAACAGUUGACGGUGUCUGUGCUGUGUGCACAUGGAAACAGCUGAUGGUGUUCAUUCUGUGAGCUGGACACUGGGUCCCCUCCUGGCAGAUGGUCAUUUCUUCUCAAGUGAGCAUCGCUCUGUAGGCUUCUCUUAGAGUCCUGGGCUGGGUUUGCUCACUAACCCGAAAUGCCUUUCCUGACUUUCUAGAUGGUCCCUGUGCUGCGUCACCAUCCGCCAAGGGAGCCGCCACUCUUGCUCUUUUCCUUUUUCACUCAGAUUCACUGUCAACCCUCUCCAGGCCGUCCAGACUCUGUGCCCUUCUUAUCACCAAAAGUCCGAGGUAGGAACCCCUGCUGGUGAAUACUGUUGGUGAUGCUGGAAGCCACAGGCUGCUCCUGACACUUUGGAAGGGUUGCUUGUUGCUGUAGGGGUACCUUAGAGCCACUGGGGCACCUUUGUGCCCAAAGGGGAUCUUUCUUAUCUUCCUUCUGGGGUUUGACUGAGACUCAAGUAUGUCAAGGCCUUCUGUGCCCUGGUGGAGGUUUCCCAGGCUGGCGUUUCUCCCUGAAGACGUGUGAUUAUGUUCCCAGGGAUUUACUGUAAAGUUUCCCUCCUUUUUGGUUUCCUAUCUGCCACUGUGUGUGUUCGAUGAUUUUGGUUACAAGCGUACAGCAGUUGUAGUUCUCAGACGGGGAUGAAUCUGGGCACACAGCUUCUACUCUUUCUUACUCACUGCCUGAUCUGCUGGCAUCAUACCUUCUUGAUCAUGAAACCAAUCAUGGAUGUUGGCCUGCCAUCUAAGAGAAGGGGGGGAGGUAGGUUCUUGAAACCAAGAAUAAAAUAAUUCUAAAGGAACCAGUUUAUAGCAGACAGUUUUUAGAAUUUCACAUCAGGCUAUGCUGUAGUCACUGGAAAUACUGUCCAGACCUAUGGAGAACUAACAGCAAAUCAAGGCAAUGUUAGUGUUACAAACCGUUAGUCAGCUGUCUGCUACUCUAACAAAAUACCUGAGACAGUCAACUUAAAAAGAAGAAGCGUUAGGGCUGGAGAGAUGGCUCCGAGGAGGAGGUUACGAGUGCUUCUUACUUCUCUGCAGAGGACCUGAGUUCUCUCCAGCGUGCACAUGAGUGCCUGCCAGGGGAUCCAGUGUCUUUGGUCUCUGGCACCCAGACAUGCAUGGCAUACAUUCACACAUACAUACAUAAAUUAAAGUAAAUAUUAAAAGUUAAAAAAAAGAAAAAAGAGUUAUCUUGGUUUGUAGUUUUGUAGGCUUCAGCCCAUGGUCAGUCUGUUGUCUUAGAUGGCAGCGCAUCAUGGUGGGGGUCUGUGGUAGAGCAUCCAGGAAGCAAGGAAAGAGUGAGUGUGUCUUGAGAUCCCGUGUUCUCUUUGGAGGGUAUGCCCCCAAUGACCCAGGAACUCACACUAGGCCCCGCCUCUAAAGGUUUCUGACACCUCUCGACAGUGCCAUCCUGGAGAACUGGCCUCUGAUAUUCAGGGCCUGGGGACAACUCACCUCAUCAGUGCCCCUCUCUGCCCGUGUUUGGCUUCUUCAGGAGAGACAGACACUCUGGCCUGGCUCCACACAUGCAGCAACUUAGCAUCCGUGGGUUCGUGGGUUUGCUCUGUGCCGCGGCUGAGGGCUUCCUCAGCUACUUCUUUCUUUCUUUCUUUCUUUCUUUCUUUCUUUCUUUCUUUCUUUCUUUCUUUCUUUCUUUCUUUCUCUCUCUCUCUCUCUUUCUUUUCUUUCUCUCUCUCUCUCUCUCUUUCUCUCUCUCUCUCUCUCUCUCUCUCUCUUUCUUUCGUGUUCUCCCUGCAUGUCUGCCUGCAGGCCAGAAGAGGGCACCAGAUCUCAUUACAGAUGGUUGUGAGCCACCAUGUGGUUGCUGGGAAUUGAACUCAAGACCUUUGGAAGAGCAGGCAGUGCUCUUAACCUCUGAGCCAUCUCUCCAGCCCCCCCUUUCUUUCCUUUUAAGAUAAUUUGUCACAGCCUGGUCUACAAGAGCUAGUUCCAGGACAGGCUCCAAAACCACAGAGAAACCCUGUCUCGAAAAACCAAAAAAAAAAAAAAAAAGAUAAUUUGUCACUUGUAUCUGUUGUCAUUCUUGGAACUUUCUCUUUUGGGGGACCUGUGCUUGGCUUCUGCCUUCCCUGGGGGGAGAUGGGGUUAAAGACUGUGGCACUAAUAAGCUCAAGAGCUGGGACCAGAGGUCGCCGGGCAGAAAAGACGCCUUCAUUUACAGCUGUGGAAAAUUUGAUUUGCUGUAUUUUAUACAAAUUGUUUGGAAUGGUUUUUAAGACUUAGAAGGGAAAUAUACUACAGCACAAGACUUUUAUAAUUACUAUACUUAAAUUAUGCUUUAUGUGGGGACCGGGAAAUGUAUUUUUACAUUGCUUAUAUCCAAUCACUUUUGUAUUUGUUGAUUUAAGCCUGUGGGUCUUUUUUUUUAAUCACUAUUAAUACCAACUUUUAUAAUCUUUUAAAAUAAAUCCUCUUAAUUUCA